UCUAUAUUUCAAUUUAAAUUAAAAACUGACCGCAGUGUCAUGAUGUCGCAAAAACUUCCGGUUUUUCAAAGGAGAGAUCAAUAGGGAUCUCUCCUUGGUAGGCGUGGCCUGCGCCACACGCGAGGGAACAGGUGUUGAACGUGUUCACCUGUGCGGGAGCGCGCGAGCGUCAGCGUGUUGGACGCUAUAGCCUAUGUAGGUGUCGGUGCGUUCGUUGCGGCUUUUACUCCGUGAAGUGGUUAAACCAACUGAAAAUGUCAUGUUACAUUUGAAGAAUUUGUUUGUGUGGCGUUUGCGAACGUUUUAUUCCGUUUCUGUGGGAAUGUGUUCACUUUUCUAUGGCUAAGAGAAGAACUGAGGCGUCCGGCUACUCGAGAUACAAGUUCGACCAAAUGGACGAAAUGAAGAAAAUGUCAAAACCCGCCUGCUUUGCCCUGUUACUGACCGCAGUAAUUGCCUGUGUGUGUGGCGAGUUUAUUCAACCCCCUCCGUCCAUGGCACUGCGUGCCUUCGCUGAGGAUGAGACUCGACUGCCGUGUGAGUUUAAACCACAGGACGGUGCCAAGGUGAUACAGGUGACCUGGUCUGCAGAAAAGACCAAGGGUGUCAAGGAGCAGGUCAUCACCAGACACAUGACAGAGGGACUUCAAGAGUUUCCUAGCUUCGCGGGCCGUGUGCGCUUCACAAGUUCUGAUCCGAUUAAAGACUCAACGCUGUUGAUUCUGAGCACAAGGGAGUCGGAUCAAGCCACGUACACCUGCCACAUCACCACUUUUCCUUCAGGGAACUUCGACAGACAAAUCAGCCUCACUGUCUGGAGGAUUCCCAUCUCCACACUGGAACCGGUCAUCCUGGAGGAGGGUCAGUCAUUCCGAGCGGCUGCCACCUGCCGUGCGAUUGGUCUACCUCCACCACGUCUUACCUGGGACACCGAUGUCCCCGGCCAAUCACAGAACAGGAGCUCAGAGGACGGGGUAGUCACCUCCCAGUACUCGCUGCACCCUCUGCGCAACAUGAAUGGCCGCAAACUGGACUGCCUGGUGUGGCACCCUGCUCUAGAGCACCCCCGCAGGCUGAGCAACACACUGGUCGUGCACUUUCCUCCUGAUGCUAUGGUUUCUGGUUACGAUCAGAGCUGGUCAGUCAAUCGGAAGGGAGCUGAGCUCAAGUGCGAGGGUGUAGGAAAUCCUCAACCACACAACUUCACCUGGACCAGGAAGGGUGGGGUUUUGCCCAAGGACGUAUCUGUGGAGGGGAACAGGCUCAUUUUCACUCGUCCCCUAAAUAAAACUGAUGAAGGAGUGUAUGAAUGUGAGGCCAGAAACACAGUGGGAUCGGUGAAGACAGAAGUUAAUGUCAAGAUCCCAGUGACCAACUAUUCUUCCAAUCUCGAGGCCUCUUUCAACAACCUCCUCCUUAUCAUAGUGGGUGGAGCUGCUGGGGCUUUAGUAGUCGUCAUGGCGAUUAUCAUCCUUCUGGUUACCUGCCACCAUAGACGCAGGACCAGGAAACUUAAAAGUGAGCUCACAGAGAAGAAGGAAGAGAUCAAUAAUCUUUCAAGACAGAACUCUAUGAGGAGACUUAACUCAGUCAGUACUGACCCCAGGAUACAGACUGAAGAAUCCACCCUAAUCAGGAUGAGCUCUCCUAUAAAAAGCAGUGUCUUUUCACUAGAGGAGAAUUCCAUCAUAUGUGAGCACAGAGAUGGGUUCAGAGAAGGAGAAUACGACAGCCUCGGCCGUCCAGCCAUCUACCCGUCUUGCCACUUCGAGCGAGGGAGCGGGAGGAGGAAAGAGACAGAGGUGGAGAAUCAAGACCACAUUCAAAGAGUGGCAUCCUAUAUAAAGAACUAUAGUAUGACUUUGGAUGCAGAACUUUGCAGGGACCAGAGCCCUCCACCCUUGUCCAUUAGCUCAGGGGGUUCAAGAGAAAGAGGGACGGGAAACGACGUAUGGGGACAGAGAGAAGGCAUGCCAGAGGGAGAGGAGGGAGACUGUACCUCAGACUCGCAUCAAAUUUCAGAGGCAAUCUCAAACUACUUCCACUACAGCAACGGUGUCCUACAGCCAAAACCCCACCCAAACGCUAUACUACUGCACAAACGUGGUCAGAUCAUAUAAUGAUGAAGCGAAAGUGCUUCUACACAGCAAGUCAUUCCUGCAAUCUUUUCAGGCCACCAGUAAUGAGCUUUGGGGUCAAGUGGAGCUCAUCCUGCUUCCUCUGACCAACAAAUUCAUUCAGCACUCCCUGGUGCACGUGUUAAUACCAUAAGCAGGUUAGCACAUCGAGAUCAAUGGUCACUUCAGCUUUUUACUCUACUCACAGGGUCAUGGGUCAUCUACCAGCAGUCUACAAGUCCAGAUGUGGAUCCAUCAAGAGAUUUAAGCAGAUCAACAACUUGUUGAAAGCCUGAGCUGAUGAAUGCAUCCAAAUAUGAACUAGCACCACUUAUGUACUGUAGCAGUUCCUCAGUUGGGUCUUGUGCCUACAUUUGGAAAAUUGCCUGAUUUUGCCUGAAAUGUUACUCUUUGAUAUCUGCUGAUACUUUUUCCACAAUUGAUAGUUCAUUCUGAAUACAAGACAAACCUUCAUAUAUACACCUUAUUCAGAACAGCAUAAACUUUUGAAUUACAUCUGUUCAAAAGAGGUAAAUCAGCUGGGUAAUUAGCCAGUUACUUUCAUAAUCGAUUUCCUUGCAUGUAUUUUGCAAAAUGAUGGUCAAAUGUUUAUUAAAAAGGUUUCUUCUUUAAAAAGAUUAAAAACAAAAACAGAGCAGAUGGAAUGGAGGUGUGAUGGACAACCAACUAGUAUUUCAGGACACAAACUCUUCACGCUUUUGGGGGGGGGUUCCUUCUUUUUUUUUCUUCUUCAUAUAUAAAGUGUUUUGCUGAGACUGACAAUUUAGGACCUGUUAAAAUUACACACAUUUGUUUUGAAUUUCAUGUCCAUGGAGAAUUAAAUAGGCUGCUGAGUUUACGGCAUGUGAAUAAACAGCAUUUGGAAACCUGAGUGAUUUAUAAGAAGAUUGACAGAAAUCUCUACAGCUAAUAAUGAAGGCGGGACAUUAGACAGUUUAUCUAGACUUUAUGAACUUUAAUGUCUGCGGUUAGCAGAUGUUCUCUUUUGUAACUACAGUCAGGUCCAUAAGUAUUUGGACAGGGACACAAUCUUCAGGAUUUUUGCCUCUGUCCACCACCACAAUGGAUUUGAAAUGAAGCAAUCAAGAUGUGACUGAAGUGUAGACUUUCAGCUUUCAUUCAAGGGGUUUAACAAAAAUCUUGCAUGAACUGUUUUAGGAAUUACAGCCAUUUUUUGGAGUCCCUGCAUUUUCACAGGCUCAAAAGUGGUGACAUCGUAAAUAUUAGGAUUAUUUUUCAUACUUGGAUGCAAAUCCUUUGCAGUCAAUGACUGCCUGAAAUCUGGAACCCAUGGACAUCACCAAAUGCUGAGCUUCCUCCCUUGAGAUGCUUUCCAGGCCUUUACUGCAGCUGCCUUCAGUUGCUGCUUGUUUGUGGGUCUUUCUGCCUUCCAUUUUGUCUUCAGUAAGUGAAAUGCAUGCUCAGUUGGGUUGAGGUCAUCGGACAUUUGAGAACAUUUAAUUUCUUUGCCUUAAGAAGCCCUUUAAUGUUUUUGGUUUUGUACUAUGAAGCACCAUCCUAUCGUUUUUACGGCAUUUGACUGAAUCUGAACAGAAAGUAUAGCUCUAUACACUUCAGAAUCCAUCCUGCAACUUCUAUCAGCAGUUACAUCAUCAAUAAACCCCAGUGGGCCAGUUCCAUUGGCAGCCAUACAUGCCCAUGCCAUGACACUACCUCCACCAUGUUUGACAGAUGAUGAGGUAUGCUCUGGAUCAUGAGCCCUUCUUUCCUUCUCCAUACUCUUCUCUUCACAUCAUUCUGAUAUAAGUUCAUCUUGAAUCAGAACUGGUCAGACUUUUACAGCUAAAAAACUUUAUUAAAAGAAAAGUUUUUUUUUUUUUAGUUUGUAAAACUCUGUUAAAAAAAAAAGGUUGUAAUUCCUAAAUGGUUAAUACAAUAUAUCUGUUAAACCCCUUUAAUUUAAGCUGAAAGUCUACAUUUCAAUCACAUCUUGAUUGAUUCAUUUAAAAUCUAUUGUGGUGGUGUACAGAAGCAAAAAUAUGAAAACGGUCACUGUCCAAAUACUUAUGGACCUAACUGUAUAUUAUCUCCAGCACAGGCUACAUCAUGUAGUGGAACAGAGCUACUUACAUGACAGAGGGAGAGCCUGAAGGAAGCAGGGGUUUGAGUGAUGUUUAUUCACAUGCUGAAAAACCAUUUACACCACACUGAAGAACCUGUUACACAAGUGACUUUAAAAUUUGGAGCUAGCUUUUGUGGCUUUAACAACUUGUGUUUUCAGAGGUAUUUUUCUCCAUAUUAAUUACCUCAGUGUGUUCUGAUUUUCAUUACCUUUCAACACUGAAUUACUGCAUACAUAUUACUGAAUAUCUGCAGUUUUCAUCAUCAAAUGAGGAUGCAUGGAACCUAAUUUAGCACCUGGCUGCUCUCUGGAUGCCUUAUAAAUAUUUUGCUUCAAAGUUCACCAGUGCCAUACACCAUGCUAUAAUUGCAAAAGAUUUUCAUGUAAAUAUGGCGAGACAAACCCAUCGAGCAAUGUAUACCUUUUCAUGACUUUUGUGUAUUUUUUUCCGUAUUCUACUGUGCAUUUUGUAAAGACAGUAACAGAAGUAUUGGCAACUUUUUGUUUAUUGUAAAAAAUAAAAUGAACAAAACCAA